AUGGUGAAGCUCUCUGGUGCCAAGGUUUCGCCAUUGUUAGUACUUGUGCUGGUGCUGACAUGCUUGGUGGAGCAAGGGCAGUCACAUCCUUGUGGCAGCACUUUCUUCUCCGCUCUCAUUCAACUGAUACCUUGCAGGGCAGCAGUUGCUCCUUUUAGUCCCAUCCAACCAAGUGAGGCCUGCUGCAAUGCUGUGAAAGCUCUUGGCCAACCUUGCUUGUGUACACUCGUAAAUGGCCCUCCAAUUUCUGGUGUUGACAGGAACAUGGCCUUGCAGCUCCCUGACAAGUGUUCUACCAACUUUGAACCAUGUGAAAUUAUGAAGAAGUAG